GAGAGAGAGAGAAAGGGAGGGGGAGAGAGAGAGAGAAAGAGGGAGAGAGAGAGAGAGAGGAAAAUAAGAGCCAUCAGCACCAUCUAUCUGACUCUCAUACUAUUGGAUAUUAUUAUUUUGGGGGGAUCUUUCUUUCCUUCAUCUUAUAUUUUUCGCUCAUAUUCAAUCUCAAGUUUAUUUUUGUCAUUUUUUUCCUUCUCUUGGAGACUUUAUUACCCCACCACCUCGACUCGACUCUAUUCUACUGUUUCUAAUCCUAUUUCCUCACUCAUUGCAUGGGACUACAAGCCUUUAUUUCUGUUUUUAUUUGUUUGUUUUCUCCUCCGGACUAAAAAAAAAAAAAUCUCCGAGCGAUCAACCAACCAACCAACCGACCAACCGACCGACGGAACGGACCGGACCCGACCGUGAACCACCGCUUUAUCUCUACAAACUCGAAGGGGACUUCACUCGUGCGCUCUCCAGGAUUUAAUUUGUCUUCCUGUGUGCAUUUAUUAGUGCAGAGACGAGUUUGUGUUUUUUUUUAAAGGGUUGACAGCAACUCCUGAAGCUCAGUCAGUCUGAGAGGAUGAAUAAGACUCACACGGUCAACAUGGUGCCAUUUUGGAGAUAAAUCCCCCCCCUGUUUUAAUUUCGUUUUCUUGAAACAUUUCUCUUCAUGUGACGGGCGGAAAAGCGGGACUAUCAGGUGGAGAUCUUGAGCGCACACAGGCGUCACCUGUCCGCGCACCUUUUUGACGGCGCGCCUGUCUGUCAACUAUCACUAAUUGGAUUAUUUUGAUCUUGAACUUACAAGUCUGCAGGUUGCUCUCCCUACUCCUCCUCCUCCUCUUCCUCCCCCCCGCGUCUCCCCUCUCCUCCUCCUCCUCCUCUUCCCCCCCUUAGAAGUUAUGUCAAGGCCUCUCACUCAGCUCUUGCCGCCGGAUCUUCCUGCCGGGGCCACCAGCCCCCAGUUCGGGGCCAGUAACCCGACUGGAAGUGGCCCCCAAGGUGGCCACCUGACCUCCAUGACCAACCUCAAGUCGCUGCUUCAGCUGCCAAUCAAGGCCGACCAGAGAGGCACCAAGGACUGCUGCGAGAUGAAAGACAAAGACAAGCCCCUGGACUCUGAUGAAGACUCGCUGGGCGUCAGUGCCGGAGGGCCCGGCGGGGUGGGAGGAGCCCCGGCCUCCGGCGCCCUGCGGCCCAACUCCCAGUCGGCUUUCCUGGGGCCGCUGCUGUGGGAGAGGACCCUGCCGUGUGAUGGAGGCCUGUUCCAGCUGCAGUACAUGGACCUGGAGGAGUUCCUGACUGAGAACGGGAUGGGGAUGCACAGUAACGGACCCAGCUCCACCAGCGCCCAGAUCCCCUCUCAGAGCUCCCAGUCAGCGGUGCCCAACCAGAGCUCCCAGUGUCCCCCUUCCUCUCCUCCACCCUGCUCCUCCUCUUCUUCCUCCAUGUCCUCUUCAUCCUCCUCCUCCUCACUGCUGGGACUGGAGACCAUCCAACCACAGCCGCCACCGCAACCCCAACAGCAGCAGCAAGGCAUGAUGGGAGGACCAGAGUGUCUACAUGGCGGCCAGGUGGUGCCUCAGGACCCGUCACCCUCUUCUACCUGCCCUCCUGGGCCCCCUGGACCUCCAGCGGUCGCCAACGGUAACAGCGACAUCCAGGUGAACUUUGACCCCGACCCAGCGGACCUGGCGCUGUCCAGCGUGCCGGGCCAGGAGGCGUUCGAUCCACGGCGGCACCGCUUCAGCGACGAGGAGCUGAAACCCCAGCCGAUGAUCAAGAAGGCCCGAAAGAUGCUGGUCCCCAACGAGCAGAAGGACGAGAAGUACUGGAGCCGGCGCGUCAAGAACAACGAGGCGGCGAAGCGCUCGCGGGACGCCCGGCGGCUGAAGGAGAACCAGAUCUCGGUGCGCGCCGCCUUCCUGGAGCGGGAGAACGCCGCCCUUCGCCUGGAGGUCGCCGACAUGAGGAAAGAGCUCGGCCGCUGCAGGAACAUCAUCAACAAGUACGAGAGCCGGCACGGAGACUUGUGAGGAGGAGGAAGAAGAAGAAGAAGAAGAAGACGACGAAGGGGAGGGUGGGGGGAGGAGAUGAGAAAGGAAGAGGAGAUGAGAAAAGGGUACAAGGCAACCCAACAACAGCAGCACUUUAGUUGAAGUGGCGCGAGAGAAAAGGCCAGCGUAGAUCUGCAGUAAGCGCCACGCGACACCGGGCGUAAACUCGACAAAACGUAUUUUAGUGCGCGCGCAGUGCUUCAGGAUGUCACAGCAGAAAAGCACAGCGACGCCAUUUUUUUUUUUUUAUUUUAUUAUUUUUUAAAAACCCCCCCUUCCCCACCUUCCCCUCGAUCUGACUCUCUUUGUACAUGCUGCUUUGCUGAAAUCCACACAACGUACUGUAUCACCUUGUGUCACCUCGGCAGCUUUUUUACGUCACCCUCGGUGCUGUGUGCUUACGCCCGGUGUCGCGCGGCGUUUUUUGCAAGUAGUGCGCUCCGGCCGCUGCUCCGGCCAGUUCAAACAGGGUGUUGAAUUCACAUUAUGCCAGUGAAAUCUCACUUUUUAAGCUCAAGGCACAAACACAAGCCAGGAGAGGUCAGAUGUGUAAUUUUUUUCUAUAUAAAUAGGACAAAAAAAAGCAUGUAUAUUUUUGAACUGGGCAGGAAGGCAAGACUAGUCCAGCAAAGAAGAAGAGGAGGAGGAGGAGGAGGAGGAGGAGGAUGAGGAGGAGGUGCAGGGUUUUCGUCCAUAACGCAAAGAGAUUUUGACAUAGGAUUAUUGUAUAUUUUUCUAUUAGCAGAGGUAGACAGGAGGAGGAUUUUGGAGAUAAUCUUUUGUAUAUUUUAUAUAUGGGCUGCGGGCGGGCGGGGGGGAGGAGGCUGUUAGCUGGACAGUCACGGGGCCACACGAUUUCCUCCCAGCUGUUUAUUGCUAAAACAACAAAUAAUCUAUUUUCGAUUUCACGGAGCUGGUUAGUCAAGAGACGGAGGCGUAACAGAGAAUGUAUCACGGUUGAAUCAGGUAUUUCACACGGUGCGAGACGAGACGAGGUAUUUUAGUAACGAUUGUUUUCGGCGUGAGGGCGGCGGGGGGGGGGGGGGGGGGGCGUUGGGAGGAAGACGGUGAAACAAAAAUUGUAUAGUUUUAAGAAUUUUUUUUGUGUUUGUUUGUUUUUCUUUGUGGGGCUCGUUGAAGCACUUGAUUUUUUUUUUUUUUUUGUUAUCUUCUAUUUGAUUCCGUGUCUGGUUAUGAAAUAUAAAUGGCAGGGCUUUUACCUUUUUUUGUGAAGGGGGGGGGGCGGCGAAGGAGAAAAAGAGAGAGAAAAACAGGAAGUAAUUAACCGUCAGAACAGCUGGAUGUGAGCAGAUGUUUGAGUAUAAAUAAGGUGGAGAAUUUCGCUGGCAGGUUUGCAUUUGUUUUGGGUGAACACGUCUCGCUCAGACACGUACUCUCCAGAUACAAACUGUUAAUCAUCACACUACAUGACCGCGGUCUUUCUCUCUCUAUUUACUCCUCAGUUUGUCCAGGGAAGUGCAAAAAAAAUGAAAUACUAACUGGUUUUAGGGUUGAUUUGUCCAGAUCGAACAGUGACUGAAACCUUCAGCAUGCAGACACACACACACACACACAAACAAACUACGACACGCACAGUCCUCACCCAGGUUUUAACCCUUAUUGUUGUUGUUAAUGUUGUUAUGGACUUCUAUGGUGCUGAUCUGAUCCUUCACCUGAUGCACACACACACACAAACACACACACAUUGACAAAAAAAAUCAUACCUGCACACAUACAAAACACUUCCACCAUCUCAAACACAGUACUGAACUGCCUAUACCCUUUCUUUGUCUUUUAUUCCUUCUUUUUAGUUUAUUUUUUUUCUUUCUUUUGUUGCAUAUUGUAUCGAUAAAUCAUAUAUAGAUUUACACACAAACACUUGUCUAUACCUCUCCUUCAAACUUUACCCAAUGAGAAACGAGAAAUGCACCCUACUGCUACUGUACCAUACAACAUGUACUAUUGAAUAUUAAACUAUUCUAUCACUAGAUAUAUAUGUGUAUAUGAUAUAUGCUUGAAUCAUGUGAUUAUAGUUGUAAUAUACAUAAUUGAAUAUAUUACAGAAAAACCCAUUGGAAUCAUUUGUCAGUUUUUUCUCAGGUGUUUUUGUCUGAGGUAUUAAAUACACAUAUUAAAAAAAAACAUGCAAAAAAAAAAAAAAAGUCCAUGAUUCGAUCACAGAAGUUGUGGUUUGAUUUGUUUUGGUUUUUUUGGGGUGGGGGGGGGGGUUGUAUUUUUUUUCUAUUUGUGAUUCAGUUUUAGCCCAGUUAAUUAAUUCGCUGUGAGACAGGAAGCUUUCUCCUCUGAUCAGCUGACUCUUCACUAAGCCCCGCCCCCCUUAGUUACUGUUACUAUGCCUGUCAAACUUUCUGUAGAAAGGCUGUGUCCGAAAUCUCUCGUCGGCUCGUUCGCUGCUCCCAAUAAACCAGACAAUCAGUAUUUUACUCAACAGGGAGCCGAAGUGAAACCUGAACCUGAACACAAGUAAGAAAACUUGUAACUAUGCUAAUAUGCUAAUAUGCUAAUAACUAAAAAUCUUGGAACAGAACCUUUCUCAAUAGUAUGUCAUGGCUUGCUUUAUAUUUUUAGUUAAGUUAGUUUUUUGAAAAAAGAUUUAAUAUAAUUUUUAUUCAGUAUUCAUGUUUUUAGCAUCCUUUAACACACAUAGUUUCCCAUAAUCCCAUAAAACAUUUGCAGGCUAAAAGUCAUAGAAGAGCAAACACUGUACAAGUCUUCACACAGAUGACAUUACAACUGGAAAGUUGAAACAAACAACUUUAGAAGAGACACUGGUGAGUUUUGUGGAUAUGGACGAAGCCGAGUAACGAUGACGUAAGUACCCGUGCAGCCAUGCUUGUAGUUCUUUUAAUGGGAGCUGUAGUUUUUUUCUGUGCGUACAACAAAAAUGUUUAAUUUUGCUAAAAUAACAAAGGUUUAAAUGUCUGAUAGCAGCUACUGUAAUGGAUCUAAGUGGACUUAUAAUAUGGAAAGUAAACCCCAAGUGGAACAGAGGCUAACCACAUAUGAUGUUGUGACUUCAGCUCUUGAUAGUGAGCAGUAAAAUUAGAUUUCAGAGACUUGUGAAUCAUUGACAUUUUGUAUCAUCAGGUUCAUUUUUACAUCUAUAAAACGCGAUGUAUUGCAUUGCCGGAUUGUAUCAGUAAACUCCAGGUAACAUUGUGGGAAUUUUUGAUGCACUAUAACUGUAUGUUCAGACAGAUUGUGAAGCAAAUUUUUUGGCACACGUGUGAUUCCACAAAUAUGCGUCCGUGCGAGUUGAAAAUGUUUCAACUUGAGCAAAAAAUUUGCAUGUAUCCCCCGGGCGUUAUGAAUGAACUUUAUAAAUAUGAAGAGAUGAGAGAGAGGUGAAAGGAAAAAAAAAAAAACAAACUGGAGGGAAAUAACAGAAAGAACCAGAGUCUCUGGUGAGUUCAGACUUCUGUCAGAGGAUCAAUGAACACAAACAGAAAACUCCCACAGACACGGUCGGUGCUUCUGUUGCUUUGCUAACAGCUAACGUACAGUUGGUAUUUUGGCUGUUUGGGACAAAUAAACACAAACAGUCGAAGUCAGGUGAGUAACGUGAAGUGAAAAUUCACUUAAAGAGUAAAGAGAAUAAAAUUCACACUCUAAUAAGAUGGUGGACAGAUAAUACAGUACACUAUGUAGGUAAGAAAGAUUGAUUUUGGACACAGCCGUUGACAGUGAUGGAAGGUUUAGCACUCAAACUUGGUAGGAAUAUUUUAAACAACAGGUUCUUGAUUUUAGACAAAAGCAGCUUCUGAUUUUUAGUCGGAAACCGUCAAUUUUUCCAUCAGAAAUGACAACUGUUGCUGUCAGAUUUUAACAGCGUUAGCUAGCUAGCUAACUAGCAUAAAAUAACAGAUAGUUCCAGUGCUUGGUUAUGACUGGCUGAGCUGCAUUCAAAGCCACUAUAAAAUACCCUAUAAACACACACCUGUGACCACAUUACAUCAGUAUUAGUAUGCCAAACAAAUUGUUUCAAAAUGUCAGAUUUUGUUGGGCUAAGCCUGGAUGAGUGGUGGAAAGAGAUGGACAGGAUGGAGGAGGAAGAUAAAGAAGAGAGUAGACAUGCCGAAAUUAGUAAGAGAGAUGGUGAAGAGCUGGAAAAGUCAAGAAACGAAGCCAAGCUCGUUAAAAAGACUAUGUGGUCCGUUUGCUGUUUUCAGACCUGGUGUGUCAAGAAAGAUCUGGCUAUUGAUUUUAAAUCAAUCACCAAAAUAGAGCUGAACCAGCCUCCCUGUCAGUUUUAUUCUACUGUGAAAAAUGGGGAAGGUGAACCUCUGGUUGGCCUACAUGCGGGGCUUAACUGGUACAUCAGUGAUCCACUGAUCAGCUGAUCCUGGUGUCUGUUGAGUUUAUCACCAGCAACGUUUUAGUUGAAGUAGUGAAAAUACUUUGCUGAGAAGGAUGUGACAAAACAUCCCACCACCAAGUGUUAAUGGAGGCAGACUACCAGAAAAUCAAGCACUGAAUCCAAACACACCUGAGGGUUGUUGUCAACUAAGUCUAGUUUGAAGUGCGGCUGCAUUUGGGACACAGAGCUGAAGAGGGGUGAAAUCCUUUUGGCUCCACUGACUUUGUAAAGCUGCCGGCACCGAGACAAUCUACACCGACCGCUGCUUGCAAAGCACCACCGUACAGAAACUCUCCGAAGCUGGCCUAGAGGCAUGAGACAUCUUACUGGCGCCCAAACUACAACGAGAGAAGAUGCUGGAGAGAAGAUCCUCGCUUCUGGCAUCAUGCAGUUAAAACGCACCUGUUCAGAGUCAAACACCCCAGCAAAGAAGAGCGCUAACGUGAUUGAACACUACUUCAACAAUUGCCGGCGUUAUUCAGAUACAUCUUUAAGCACUAUCUAUAAGCAGGCUUUUCCCACUGUGUCUGUGUGUUGCUUGGCAACCGUCCUGCUAAAUGUCGCUGAAGAAUUGCUUGGAGGAAGAAUGAUUAUUUGUUAUCAAUAAAUUAUUGCAUUUUUUUGUUGCUGUGUGUUUAUUUUAUGAAAGCUUGCCAGGUAUACUGUAUGUAGUAACUGUUUUAUCAAAGCAAUAAGCCCUGCGAUGCCGGCGGUUUACAGUGAUUGUAGAAGAGCUAAGGGGCGUCGUCAGGCACGACAGCCUCUUGGGGCUUAUUGCUUUUAAAAGCAAUGAGCCCCAAGAGGCCUAUAAACCACGGCCUCUUGGGGCUCAUAGCUUUAUUAACUCUAAGUUACGGUUGCUAUGGUAUGAUUGGACAAUCGCAGUCCGGGGACGGGGUUUAGUAAACAGUCCAUUUAGAGCUUUCAUGUCUACGUUCAGAGAUGGCAACCAAAUCUUUUUAAUAAAACAAAAAGACUAAAGAUAAUUGUCACCUUCAGUUCAGUUGCUAGUAUUAUUAUUGAUCUUGUUUUUGUUGAUACUAUUAUAAAUUUAUUUUCAGUUGUUUCAUCCAACAGCUGUUAUUUGGCUCUCAUGUGAAACCUUUUUUUUUUAUUAUUCCCAAGAGCAACCUUAUAUUCCAUUUUCCUUGGAAGAAAAGUCUCAGAGUUUCUUAUGCUUCUGUCUGAUGAUGGAAGAAUGAAGCCAUGUGUUUUUUUCUGUUUUGAUACCUGGGAUUUUGGGGGAUUUCUUCACACAUGUUUCAGAAACUUUUUGACAGUGCUAUUUUUCUAUGUGACUGUGUUCAGUGUGUUUCAACUGUUUCUGGUGGACAUUUAAGGUUCACUCUUCACGUGGUGGCGGUGUUGGUUCGCUGCUGUAUGAUAAAACAGCAUUGCGGGUAAUAAUGACAAUAACAAUAACAAUGAUAACAAUAAUGUACACAGUUUUAUUUCUUCUUCAACUUUGUGGAUUCUCAGCUAACUUUUCCUUGUUGUGACUGACUGUUAUAAACUACAAGUACCAUAAGCUCAACACUACCCCGACUCCUCACCAGUAUUGUGUGCUGUCCACAGGGACACAUGUCUGGCUUUUCUCCCCUCCAAACACCAAUAAAGACUUAUCCUUACUCACCAA